GACCGAGUGAGAGUUUUCUCCUGAGGAGACCUAUUGAUUGUUGGUCACAAUAAAAAAUUUCUCCUGAGUGAGGAGGAGACAGCCUGCCCUCAGCUUGGAGUUUGUUUCUGCCAUCUGGUUUUCUAGCUUCAAGAUUAUUUGUAAGUAUUUGCUCUCGGUACAGUCUUAAAGUUUCUUCCAUUUUCCUUUGCGCUUGGUUCUGUAACUCUUGAAUCUCCCCUAUCCUGCUGUCCACUUUGUAUAUGGAAACUCUGAAGUUCUGUGUUCGAUUCUUUCAACUCUAAUAUUUUUGUGUUCGAUUCUUCAUUCUUUAAUAUCACUAGUGUAUACCAAAUCUUCUUUUAAGUCCUCAUUCAUUUGCAAAUCACACUCUGACAUGUAUCCAAAAAUAAAUCAUUAAAAUCACAUAAAGAAAAGUUUCUUCACCAAGUCAGCCCGAUGACAUGAUUAGUAUGACAGUUUGCACACAAGUUUCUGAUGCUUCCAGUUUCACUACCGGUUUCUAUAUUCUUCUGCUCUCUCUCUCUCUGCAGGAACAAUGAGAACUUUAUCAGUAGCUUCCAUACUUCUCUAUGCUCUCUUGAUGCUUAGUCCACUGCAGUUAAAUGUUGCAUUGUCAACUGAGACACAAAUGUUGAUUGAGGAGGCCAACAUGAGUGGCCCUUAUUUAGGACUUGUCAUUCCAAAUUCUUAUGAAAUGGAUCCUCUUCUGCAAUCUCCAAACUUCACUUCAAGUAACCUGUUCAUAGAUUUCUCUGGGAGGAGAUUGCGAUUCGGAACAAUUGCUAAUAAGCCAGUCAUAUUGGUCAUGACAGGACUGUCAAUGAUUAAUGCAGCAAUAACUACUCAGCUAUUACUGAGCCAGUUUGAUAUAGAAGGAGUGGUGCACUAUGGCAUAGCAGGGCAUGCAAACCCAUCCCUCAAUCUUGCACAUGUGGUCAUUCCUCAGUAUUGGUCCCAUUCUGCUCUUUGGAGCUGGCAGGUUGGUGCCAGCUAAUCCCUUCCCCCACAAACCUAACUUAGCUAGCUCCAUAUUUGGCUCCUAACAGAAAAGUCAGUCUGGAGUACUAGCAAAACAUUUCUUUUUGUUUGUUUUUGCAAGACGCAUCACUAGAUGUGUUAGUUUAUGAUUUGCAGUUUAGAAGAAUGACUUUUUAAUUGUAACGAGUCGCGGUGUUCACACACACAUAUCUAUAUAGGCCCUUUAAGGGAAUGGAUCUCCAUUUUUCAAAAAAAAAAAAAGGACACUCUCUUAACCGUUAGAUUUGACUUUAAUGAAAUUAUGUGGUUGAGUAAAGUCACACAGGCCAAUCAACUUGUUAGCAAGUGGUACUUUACCACAGUGGUGAAAAAGUGUUGUGCUCUUGCAUGACGGCGUGAGUUCGAAUUAUGUCGGUGACUAAUCUAACAUCUAACUUACUAGUAAUGAUAUCACUCGACUCAAAAAAAAAAAAA